AUGGCUGUGAAAUGUGCCGGCAAAAUCUCCAUGGCCUGUGUUCUCUUGGGCACUUUCAUCUGCUCCUUCCUUGGUAAGUUCUGCAAAUCUUGCUUGCUUGUUGGAGGGGGGCGAGGUUGUUGAAGAGAGUCAGGGAGUGAGGUUUGUCAUGAAAGAGGAAACGGGGAUGGCUAAAUUACAGCUGAAUGAGGCGGCUCAGAGAAAGGGCUCGCUCAGUUAACAGGAAGGAGCUUCGGCCCAUAAAUUUUAACCAUGUGCAAACAAAUCAGAAAGAACUUUGCACAGAUUUCUGCCUUGCACUUCCAGUGCUUUGAUGUAACUCAGCGCAGCUCCAGAGUAAUUAAACCAUUAGCAUUCCACAAAAGGGAACAACAUGGAAAGUGGAGAAAGCUUUUCUUCCACUGCUCUGGAGGGUAGAUUCUUUUAGGAUAUUUCCGUUCCACCUUAAAAGGGAGCAGGCUUUGUGAGUCACAGAGUCUGCGUAUUUUCUGCUCACAGGAAGUUUCUGUUUGUCUAUUGCUUUUGUUUUCUCUCUGUGCCUGAGACAUCGAAGCAGGCAGUCAUGUUUUUUUUGUUCUGACCAACGCUGAAUAAAGUAAUAAAUAAUGCUCUCCUGAGUGCAUCUUUCGCUGUGCGAACUCUGCUGAUAGAGCGUGCACCAGCUCUGGAAUGUGGCAAGCUAUUUCUGAAGCUCGUGUCGCUAAUUGACUGAUACUGUAUCUACGGGAGAUCAAUGGAUCGUCCGGAAUCGACGUGGGAUCAUGAAGGCCUUUGUCUCCCUGGCAGUAUCCCAACAGAUUCAACCAACAGAUUCAAGAAAGGAGAUUUGAAUUAAACAUUAGGGAGAACUUUCUGAUGGUAAGAGCCUCAGAAGGUGGUGGACCUUGAAGGUUUUGAAACAGAGGUUUGAUGGCUGUCCAUUAGCCUGGAGGUCCCCAUCACUUAGUUGUGGCUCUUGCAACCUGGCCCGCUCUUUGGCAAUGCUGAUGGGGACACUUAAGGGGCCAGCUUAGGUCAUUCUCUUACAAAGAAACUUGUCCAACUAAUUUAGCAAGUGAAACCUCUAUUGCAUUCUUUGUUUUUGUUUUUUUUGGAAAUAAUUUUUAUUUGAUUUUAAAAAACAAACAGCAUGUAACAAAAUCAUUUCUAAAUCCAUAUACAGUGGUACCUCUGGUUGCGAACGGGAUCCGUUGCGGAGGCCCAUUCGCAACAUGAAAAGAACGCAACCUGCAGUGGUGCGUCUGCGCACACGCGGGUUGCGAUUCGUCACUUCUGCGCAUGUGCAUGACAUCAUUUUGUGCUUCUGCGCAUGCGUGAGCGGUGAAACCCAGAAGUAACCCUUUCCAGUACUUCCGGGUCGCCUUGGGACGUAACCUGAAAGAAGGUAACAUGAAGUGGAUGUAACAUGAGGUAUGACUGUACAGUGGUACCUCAGUUUAAGAACAGUCCAGUCUAAGAAUGAUUUGGUUUAAGAACUCUGCAAAACCGGAAGUAGUGUCCCGGUUUGAGAACUUUACCUCGGUCCAAGAACGGAAUCUGAACAGUGGAAGGGCACCGGCAGCAGGAGGCCUCAUUAGGGAAAGUGCGUUUGUAAAUUACAAAUUACGUUUGUAAACCGAGAUAGCACUGUACAAAGAUUACUCUGAAUCUCGCAACUUCCCCCCACCCCCCUUCAUGGGCCCUAAUGCUAAUAUUUAUAUCUGCAUAUCAAUUCAUUAUCCAAAUAUUUUGUCCCUCUAAAUUAUCCAUAAUUUUUGUUACUUUACAAACGUGGUUAAAAUUCUGCUAAUGUUUUCGUCUGUUUACAAUGGUCUCGUAGAUAUAUUAUAAUUUCCCCCCAUUCUUUUUUUAAAGUUCUUGUUCUUUUGGUUUCUGAGCUUCCCAGUUAAUUUUGCCAUUUCAGAAUAGUCCAUCAACUUGUUUUGCCAUUCUUCCCUGUCAACAUUGUUUCUUCCCUCCAUCUCUGGACUAGUAAAGUCCGUGCGGCUGUUGUCGCAUACAUAAAAAGCCUUUUCUGGUCCUUUGGGAUCUCAGUACAUGUAAUUCCUAGAAAAGCUUCUGCGUUUUUAUUUUAAGCAAAAGUUACUUUAAACAUUUUUUUCAUUUCAUUAUAUAUCAUCUCCCAGAAAGUUUCUGUUAUCUUGCGCUUCCACCACAUAUGAUAAAAUGUACCUUCCUUUUCUUUACACUUCCAGCAGAUAUUGGUUCUUGUUCUAUACAUUUUUGCUAACGUAGUAGGAGUCAAAUACCACCAAUACAUCAUUUUCAUAUCAUUUUCUUUCAGCGUACAAAAUGCCUUAAAUUUCAAAUCUAUUUUCCAUAGCCUCUCCCAAUCUGCCAACUGUAUAUUGUGUCCCAAUGUCUAUUGCAUUCUAACCCUCACUGUGUACAGGACCCGAGAACUGGAAAGGACUCAAGGAGUCAUUCACACCAUCUGGCAAACACGCAACAAUAUUAUGGUAUCCUGCUCUACCUGAUAUAAAAGAAGCAUCAAUAUUUGGCACUCCCCCCCUUCACUUUCUCCCUUUUUCCUCUUACUUAUUUUUCCCUCCCCAAAAACACUUAGGCCUUGAAAGCAGUCAGGUACCAAAGACUCCUAUGAUUCAGCUGAACGGGAUCCUGGGAGAAUCCGCCUUGCUUUCUGUACAUAUAACCUCGGCCAAUACCGUGUCCAUCGUUAAAUGGAUAUUCCACCCUCGAAAAGGCGAGGCAAAUGACCUUGGGCGAUUCAGCGAUGGGAAAUGGGUGCGGUGGAAUAUGAGCGACAGUUUUGGGCAGCGUCUGGAAAUGGUUGAUGGCCCCACGCUGAAAAUAAGCAAAUUGGUGGUGAAGGACAGUGGAGUCUACAAGGCUCAUGUGACGUUUUCCACAGGAGUGACAGAAUCACACACAUUCAGCCUCACUGUCUAUGGUAUGUACUUGUUUCACCAUCGCACACUGUAAGGAUGUGGGAGAAAUUCAGUCCUGUUCACUUUCACCUGCCUAGGGGAAAGACCACCUCCUUCCUUACAGACUCUUCCAGGUGUUGAGAUCGGCAGUCGGGACCCUCUUGGUAGUCCUGCCAUCCUCAAAAGUUUGGGGAGGGUGGCCUAGGGAGGGGGAUGGAGAGAGGGACUUCUUGGUGGUGGCCCCUAGGCUGCAGAAUGCGUCGCUGUACAUGCAUAAGAACAUAGGAAGGAUCUGCUGGACCAGGCCAAAGGGGACCUCUAUAGUCCAGCCUCCGGUCUUUGCUGUGGCCGACCAGAUGCCCAUCAUGGGAAGCCCACAAGCAGAACCCGGGAACAACUCUUCCUUCCUGUGGUUUCCAGCAACUGACACUCUUCUUUCAUCAAGCCCAUCUGAUGGAUGUGGAAAUGGUGAUGAGGAAGCAGCCAGCACCCCCCCCAAAACCCCCCCCCCAGUCAGUGAAACCCCAGAGGCAUCAAAGUAAAACACAAUUCCAAAUGUUGCUGCUGACCUUUAAAUCCCUAAACGGCCAUGACCCAGUAUACCUGAAGGGGCGUCUCCAUCCCCAUUGUUCUGCCCGGACACUGAGGUCCAGCUCCGAGGGUCUUCUGGCGGUUCCCUCCCUGCGAGAAAUGAGGUUACAGGGAACCAGGCAGAGGGCCUUCUCAGUGGUGGCGCUUGCUCUGUGGAACGCCCUCCCUUCAGAUGUCAAGGGGAUAAAGAACUACACAACUUUUAGAAGACAUCUGAAGGCUGCCUUGUAUUGGGAAGAUUUUAAUGUUUGGUGUUUUACUGUGUUUUUAUAUUCUGUUGGAAGCCUCCCAGAGUGGCUGGGGUAACACAGUCAGGCAUACAAACAAUAAAAUAUUUUUAAAAAUUCAUUUCUAACAGAGCCAGUGCGGGAGCCGCAGGUCACCCAUAAACUGAUCUCCAACACACCUGAGGGCUGCAAUGUAACCCUGCGGUGCCAGGCAUCAGGAAAGGGAGACUUCCGUGUCUCCUGGAAAAGAGGGAAUCCCCUCAGAGCCCUAGGCGAGAGCCCGGACUGGCACCAACUCUCUGACAACGGGGAAGAUCUCCAUCUGUUCUGGCAUCGCAACGCCUCAGAUGCCAACAUCACCUGCCUGGUGAGCAAUCCGGUGGAUCAGAAGAACAUUUCCAUCAACCUCCUCAGCCUCUGCCCAGCUGAAGGUAAGGAACCCCUGGCCCAUUUCCCCAUUUCCUCCAUUAGCCUGUCUUUAUUUAAUGUGUUUGUAUCCUGCCUUUCUCCAAGUUUAUUUUAUUUGUCAGAAUAUUUGUAUACUGCUGGGCCACAAAAAGCAUAUCAAAGAGGUUUACAGCAACAAAACCAUAAAACCGUAUAAGAAAAGUUUAAAAGAGACAUCAGUUAACUGUCUGGAUUAAUUAAUUAGCUCUGUAUUUUUAUUAAUUUUCCAUCAAAAAACAAGGAAAAAAAUGCAUAUAACACCACAUUGAAACUUUCACAGAUUUUCCCUGGACUUAGAAUCAUAGAAUCAUAGAAUCCUAGAGUUGGAAGAGACCACAAGGGCCAUCGAGUCCAACCCCCUGCCAAGCAGAAAACACCAUCAGAGCACUCCUGACAUAUGGUUGUCAAGCCUCUGCUUAAAGACCUCCAAAGAAGGAGACUCCACCACACUCCUUGGCAGCAAAUUCCACUGUCAAACAGCUCUUACUGUCAGGAAGUUCUUCCUAAUGUUGAGGUGGAAUCUUCUUUCUUGUAGUUUGGAUCCAUUGCUCCGUGUCCGCUUCUCUGGAGCAGCAGAAAACAACCUUUCUCCCUCCUCUAUGUGACAUCCUUUUAUAUAUUUGAACAUGGCUAUCAUAUCACCCCUUAACCUCCUCUUCUCCAGGCUAAACAUGCCCAGCUCCCUUAGCCGUUCCUCAUAAGGCAUCGUUUCCAGGCCUUUGACCAUUUUGGUUGCCCUCCUCUGGACACGUUCCAGUUUGUCAGUGUCCUUCUUGAACUGUGGUGCCCAGAACUGGACACAGUACUCCAGGUGAGGUCUGACCAGAGCAGAAUACAGUGGCACUAUUACUUCCCUUGAUCUAGAUGCUAUACUCCUAUUGAUGCAGCCCAGAAUUGCAUUGGCUUUUUAGCUGCCGCGUCACUCUUGGCUCAUGUCCUGUUUGUGGACAACCACGCCUCCUCGAUCCUUUCCCCAUGUACGGAUCUCAAGCCAGGUGUCCCCAUCUUGUAUUUGUGCUCUCUCAUUUUUUUGCCCAAGUGCAAUACUUUACAUUUCUCCCUGUUAAAGUUCAGCUUGUUUGUUUUGGCCCAGUUCUCUAAUCUGUCAAGGUCGUUUUGAAGUGUGAUCCUGUCCUCUGGGGUGUUAGCCACCCUCCCAGUUUGGUGUCAUCUGCAAAUUUGAUCAGGAUGCCCUUGAGUCCAUCAUCCAAGUCGUUGAUAAAGAUGUUCAAUAAGACCGGGCCCAAGACAGAACCCUGUGGCACCCCACUAGUCACUCUUCUCCAGGAUGAAGAGGAACCAUUGAUGAGCACCCUUUGGGUGCGGUCAGUCAGCCAGUUACAAAUCCACUGAGUGGUAGCAUAGUCAAGACCGCAUUUUACCAGCUUCUUUACAAGAAUAUCAUGGGGCACCUUGUCAAAUGCCUUGCUGAAAUCAAGGUAGGCUACAUCCACUGCGUUCCCUUCAUCUACCAGGCUUGUAAUUCUGUCAAAAACGAGAUCAGGUUAGUCUGACAUGACUUAUUUUUCAGAAAUCCAUGCUGACUAUUGGUGAUCACAGCAUUCCUUUCUAGGUGCUCACAGACUGUUUGCUUAAUGAUCUGCUCCAGAAUCUUCCCGGUAUUGAUGUCAGACUGACUGGGCGGUAAUUAUUUGGGUCCUCUCUUUUCCCUUUUUGAAAAUAGGGACAACAUUUGCCCUCCUCCAGUCUGCCGGGACUUCGCCUGUUCUCCAGGAAUUCUCAGAGAUGACUGCCAGUGGUUCUGAGAUCACAUCUGCCAGUUCUUUUAAUACUCUUGGAUGCAGUUCAUCUGGCCCUGGAGACUUGAAUACAUCUAAACUAGCCAAGUAUUCUUGUACUAUCUCCUUAGUUAUUCUGGGCUGUGUUUCCUUUGCUGAAUCAUUUGCUCCAAAUUCUUCAGGUCGGGCAUUGUUUUCUUUAUCGGAGAAGACUGAGGCAAGGAAGGCAUUGAGGAGUUCAGCCCUUUCUGUGUCCCCUGUUUGCAUUUCACCAUCUUCUCCUCUGAGUGACCCCACUGUUUCUUUGUUUCUUUGUUCUUCCUUCAGCCUCUCUGACAAUCAUCCAAAUUUAACUUUUUUAAUUACACAUUUCCUAAAUUUGCUAUUGCCUUUUAGCAUAUCCUUCCAAAUUUGCUUUUCUUUUUUACAAUACUUCUCAAACUUUUACAAAGCGUCUUGAAAUGCCACUAGCAUGAAUUAAUUAAUUUUAUAAUGAAUGAUUUUAGAGUGUUGUUUGUGCUGUACUUUUGUACUGUUUUAUUGUUGUUAGCCGCCCUGAGCCCGGAUUCGGCUGGAGAGGGCGGGAUAUAAAUAAAAUUUAUUAUUAUUAUUAUUAUUAUUAUUAUUAUUAUUAUUAUUAUUAGCGUUAUUCUCUCCUCACUUAUACAUUCCAAAUAAUCUACAAACUUUCCCCAGUCCUCGAUGAACUUUUGAUCUCGUAGAUAUCUGAUCUUCCCAGUUAAUUUAUCAAGGUCUGCAUAGUCCAUCAGCUUCAUUCUCCACUCCUCCAAUGUUGGUACUUGUUCCUGUUUCCAUUUCUGGGCCAGUAAUAUUCUUGCCGCUGUUACUGCAUAUUGGAAAAGUUUACAAUCCUUUCUAUUUAUUUCAUUUCCUAUAAUUCCUAAGAGAAAGGCCUCUGGUUUCUUAACAAAUGUAUAUUUCAACAUUUUUUUCAAUUCAUUAUAUAUCAAUUCCCAGAAGCUCUUCACUUUCUUACAUUCCCACAACAUAUGAUAAAAUGUACCAUCCUUUUCUUUACAUUUCCAACACUUCUUACAUGUUUUAUACAUUUUUGCAAGUUUUACAGGUGUAAUAUACCAUCUAUAAACCAUUUUCAUGACAUUUUCCUUUAACGUAGUACAUGCAGUAAAUUUAAUAUUUUCAUUCCAAUACAAUAUUUUGGGUUACCUGGAUCUAAGCCACGUAGGUCUUUAGACGUCAAAACCCUGCCCUGCACCCGGCUCCAGCUUUUACGGACUGCCUCCAUAUUGCACCUUCGACCUCGGACUGGACUCGGACCUCGCCUCUUGGUUGCCCCACGGGACCAGCACACUGAUGGUGUUGGGACCAAGAGGAGGUGCUCAUCUGAGGGCCUUGGCACCCGGCCAGCUCCGUAAAGGGAGAUACAAUAUUUGGGUAACCGGGAUCUAACCACGUAGGUCUUUAGAAGUCAAAACCAGCCUUCCUCUUCUCUUUCUCACAGGGAGGGAUGAAGCAAGCACCCAUGGGGUCAUGUAUUGGUGGGUGUCUUGUUACAAUCACCCUGAAAAGACAAUAAUUGCUUUUUUCAGGCAACCGGGCAUUCUGGUUGAUUCUCUGGCUUUUUCAGAAUCCCUCAUCUCAGUUCCAGUCAUAUCAAUCAUCUUGUUUGUGUUCUUGGGGGUCUUCCUGUGUAGGAAAAGCAACAAAUGUCAGACCGCAAAGGUAGGAAGCAUCUUUUGUUACUCUCUAGUACAUGUCAACUGGAGUUGGGUUGGCAAAUUAUGCAUUCUUCUUUCCUUGUUAAUCUUUUUAAUCUUAUGGAAUAACACAUUUCUGCUGUUGGGGCCAGCGAUGCUUCUGAAUGUUGUGGGAAUGUUCAGGGAAUGUUCAGGGAUGCAGGAGAGGAUAUAUUGUCUGAUAAUAGCCUUUCCAACUUGUGUUAACAAGUUCACAAUUUAGCAGAGUAACAUUCCCCUUUUUAAACUUGCAGCGGAUGCGUUUGCUCAGGCUCGCUAAAGCCUCUAGAAUAACUGUUGUGGUAUUUUCCCCUUAUUCCCUCAUAAAAGAUAAGACACGACACAAUCUUCUAUAAAAGUAUAAAAAGGUUUACUCACACAUCAUUCUGUUCACAAUAGGAUCCCAGAAGGCAGACUUAGCUUAGAAAAGUUAUAUACACCUGGAAACUAUCUCAUAAGGAGACAGUCCCUUUGUCCUCUCUUGGCUAAAAGCCAAGAGGGCAUCUUUGGCUAAGCAGAUGUUGCUUCUUUGACGCAUGUAGUCAAAGAGAGAGAGAUGGCUGCCCUGCCCUGUGCUUUUGUUGUUACCUGCACAGGUGAGGCCACACCCACCUCUAGUCACAUGCAGAGGAAGUCUGUUCCAGCCCAGAAGGAAACAGGAAGUUUACCUGCUGGCUGGACAAACAUUCUUCCCAAUGUGUAAACAUGUUCACUCUAGGAAGGUUGUACUUGACUGCUCUUGUGUUUCACAUCCCACAAAUGUCAGCUGCAGGAAACCGCAGGAGGAGAGAGCUGCUCUUGUGCUCAGUUCCUGCUUGCUGGUUUCCCACAAGCAUCUCAUGGGCCCCUGUAAGAACGAGAUGCUGGACUAGGUGGGCCCCCUUUGGCCUGAUCCAGCAGCCAGGCUCUUCUUACAUUACAGUGGUACCUUGCUUCCUGGACGGCUUGGCUCCCAAACAAAUUGGCUCCCGAAUGCCGCAAACCCGGAAGUAAGCGUUCCGGUUUGCAGACGUUCUUUGGAAGCCAAACUUCCAUUUCGGGUGUCGGCACUGUUUCUGGGGCCAAUCAGCCAAUCAGAAGCUGCCUCUUGGUUUGCGAAUGUUUUGGAAGUCGAACAGAUUUCCAGAAUGGAUUGAGUUCAAGAACUAAGGUACCACUGUAUUAUGUUCUUAAUGCACAAGCAGAAGUGUGGAUGAGCCCAAAGUGGAAGUAGGAUGUGUGUCAAUCCAGUAGUGUACAGGAUUUGAUUUAUUCCUGUUUUGCUCCAGCAGCCUCAAAUCUUCAGGAUCUGUUUCCUUAGUGUGUGGUUGGCCCUGCAUUAUGAAGCCUCUUACAUUUCUCUUUCUGCCUCUCUCUGCAGAUUGACUAGAACACAGAACACCUCUCUCUCUCUGACAAUGACUGAGCUGUAUCAACCCCCAGUUCCCCCCCCAAAGAGGAGACGGAAAGCCCUCGAGUGAGUUUGGAUCUCCCUGACGCUGUCUCUGAGAGCAACUCUAGUUGCAUUUCUUAAGAUGAAAAAUUGGAAAUAAGAAUUAUUGCACAUGCUUUGAGUGAAGAAAAGGGUAUGUUAGCUGCUAAUUAAGCCUGCCACUAAGAAGUUAAGAGUGAUGGACUGGACUGGACAGAAGAUAACAUUAAAGAAUAACAUCUAUCCCGGUAUGUUGAAACGGAACGGAAAGGAGGGGGGGAACUUUUCCUUUUUUUUAACUACGAUAUUAUCAUACAACUUAUAGCAAGUGAGAUUGGAAAAUAAACUGCGUGGAAAUAAAAAUAUCAACUAAAGCCUUUGUUUUGUGAAAGAUUUGGAAAGAAAAUAAAAGGCUCUCUUGUGACGCAAUUUUUAAUCGGGAUCCACCAUUACGAGGCAGACUAAGUUCGAUGGCAAAUCUUCUCUGGAAAGACUGAUUUAUGGUGCAACUUGUCUGGGAAAAUUAAUGAGCAGAUGCUUAGAUUUUAUUUCAUCGGAACUGAGAAAGAUGGUGUCUGCCGCCCGAGCAGGACUUCUGGAUCAGCGUGUGAAGAUUUAUUGCAAACAAAAGACUUACCAGCUUUAAAAAAGGGAGAGUCUUCCAAAGUUCACACAGAAGCAUAAUAAUGUUUACUUUAAUUCGCCUGUGGAAACACUCAGAGGCUAUUAAGAAGAAAAAGGAUAUCAACAAGAAGAUUGAAAGAUGGGACUGGUGAACACUAAAAGCAGCAGAAAUAUGAGAUGACUGGACCCUUACUGAACUUGAAGCAUGGGAACCCCCAACAAAAAUUUGUAAUUUGGCAAAAUAUUUGGACUUUAUUAUAUGUAUUGGUAUAAUUUGGAAUAAUUAAUGUGGUAUGAUUGGAUUGUUAAAUGGAAAACUUAAUAAUUUUUUUUUUUUUUAAAAGAACAAAGGUGUGUCAGCCCUUAUAUAGACAUUUUAAAUUGCCCGCCUUGGAGUCCAAAACCACCACCAGAAAAAUCAUACCUACAUCAAGGGGUGUAGCUCAAGACCCCCCCCCCAG